GCAGUCUCCCGUAACAUAUACGUAUACCCCGUGUGAAAUACCAGAGUGUGUAUCUCACCUGUUGGUUUAAGAGGAUAAAUAUGUGUAUUUACUGGGGCGAUAUGGGAAUAAAGUCCUGGCAUUGUCUUUACCUCUUGGUCCUACUGACUACGAAAAUACCACCUGUUGAUUCACAAGGAGCUACCCAGACAGCCAGUUACCUGUGUUUGGAAGAUGAACAAAGCAGUAGUCGUAUGCAUAUAGAUUUCAUACUGGACAGGGGAAAUGAUGUUGUCACAUCAGUGUAUGCAAAUGGUUUCCAAAAUUGCGUUGGAUCCACCCAAGAUGGCGGACAGACAUAUAGAAUUCGGAUGACGUUCUUAAUCACCAAUGGAACCCAAACAGCACCAUCCUCACCAUGUGGAAUGACGAUCACUUCAGAUGGAUCUUACGAAUUAAGUAUGCGGUCUGAGGCAAGCAGUGGUCUCGUUUCCUACACUGAUAGAUUGUUUAACUUUAAAUGUGAUCCAGCAAGAGUUAUCAGCCCCUGGGUAACAACUUCCGGUAUAAGUGUUGGAAGUGUGGAUCUUCUGAAUCUGACCAGCUCCAGAACAACAGAAUUGCAGGUUGUGUCCUCUAGUGAUAUAAAUAGCCCUAUAUUUUUAGCCAACCUUGGGGACCUUGUGCGAUUUAAAUUCACAAUGACUUUUACCAGUGCAGUGGAAAACAUAGAUGUCCUCGGUGUGCGACUUACAAACCUCGUCUGUUCGCCUUCGGAUACAUUCAAACCGAUAAGGAGGACUCUGAUCGAUGACACCGGUUGUGCUGUGAACUAUACAGAAAAGGCUUUAUCCCUAUCAGGACCUUUUACCACAGAGUCAAAUGGAUCUUCACCUUUUAUAGCCAUGUCACCAAUAUUGGAAAUAGGCAGAUUUGCCGACUCUUUUGAAUUGAAUUUCAUUGUUACGAUUGAAUACUGCACGACUUCAUCAGAUUCGUGCUUUACGAAUAUGUGUACAUCUCGUACGAAGCGAUCUGCUGACGGGGUGGUAGAGGUCAGCGCCACGACUAAAAUCAAUGUUUAUCCACAGACAAAUGUCAACACACAAACAAACAACACAGAUCCUGCGUGGUCACAGAAUUGCUUUUUGACGUGGAUGUUUGCUGCGGUGGCUGGAACCGUUUUCUUUAUACUCCUCCUCGAUGGUUUCGUCAUAGCCUAUCUUGUGAGACAACUGAAAAGCUUAAUGCAUAAAAGGGAGACUACUGCACCGAUGGUUAUCUAUCCUAGAAUAAAUACCGGCAUGCCAUCAUCAUAUUUCUAAACAUGCCAAAAUGACACGGAAUAUUAAAUCAUUGUUUUGUAAUUAUUUUCUCUACACAUUGUUUUGUUUGUUUACACUGUUAAAUAAAAAAUAUUUUGCAGCAACA